AUGGAGGACCCCGACGGAGUCCUCAACUUCGACUUCGAGGGCGGCCUCGACUCCGCCGCCGUCUCCGCGCCCACCCACACCGGCCUGGCCUCCAGCGCCCCGAUCCAGUCCGACUCGUUCGCCUCCCAGCCCAAAAACCAGGCCGCCCCGGCGCCGCAGCCCGACCCAAAUGUCAACCCGUCGGGGCGGAAGAGCUUCCGGCAAACGGUGUGUCGUCACUGGCUCCGGAGCCUCUGUAUGAAAGGCGAGGCCUGCGGGUUCCUUCAUCAAUACGACAAGUCGCGGAUGCCGGUGUGCCGGUUCUUCCGUAUGUACGGCGAGUGUAGGGAGCAGGAUUGCGUGUAUAAGCAUACCAACGAGGACAUCAAGGAGUGUAAUAUGUACAAGUUAGGUUUUUGUCCAAAUGGUCCUGAUUGCCGGUAUAGACAUGCAAAGCUUCCUGGACCUCCACCCCCUGUGGAAGAAGUCCUUCAGAAGAUCCAGCAUUUGAAUUCGUACAAUUACAACAACUCAAAUAAGUUCUCCCAACCACGGAAUGGUGGUUUUCCCCAACAACAUGAUAGAUCUCAGCCCGCACAAGUCACCAAUUCAUUCAAUCAAGUGGUUGUAAGACCUUCAGCAGCAGAGUCUGCUAAUGUCCAGCAGCCACAGCAAUUUCAGCAAACCCAACAACCGGUUGCCCAGACUCAGGCACAAAGUGUUCCCAAUGGCCUGGCUAGUCAGGCAAAUAGAGCCGCACUGCCCUUGCCUCAAGGAAUAUCUAGGUAUUUUAUUGUUAAAAGUUGCAACCGUGAAAAUUUGGAAUUAUCCGUACAACAAGGAGUUUGGGCAACUCAAAGGAGCAAUGAAUCCAAACUCAAUGAAGCUUUCGACUCUGCAGAAAAUGUCAUAUUAAUUUUCUCAGUCAACCGGACUCGACAUUUUCAGGGUUGUGCAAAGAUGAUGUCCAGAAUUGGUGGGUCUGUUAGUGGAGGGAACUGGAAAUAUGCACAUGGAACUGCACAUUAUGGCCGUAAUUUCUCUGUCAAAUGGUUAAAGCUAUGUGAACUUUCCUUCCACAAAACUCGUCACUUGAGGAACCCAUACAAUGAGAACUUACCAGUGAAGAUAAGUAGAGAUUGUCAAGAGCUAGAGCCCUCCAUCGGUGAGCAGUUGGCAUCCUUGCUUUAUCUUGAACCAGAUAGUGAACUAAUGGCAAUCUCCAUUGCAGCAGAGUCAAAACGAGAAGAAGAAAAAGCAAAGGGAGUCAAUCCAGAGAAUGGUGGUGAGAACCCAGACAUUGUCCCAUUUGAGGACAAUGAAGAAGAGGAAGAGGAAGAAAGUGACGACGAGGAAGACUAUCAAGUUCCUGGUGGAGCAAUUGAGAACAGAGGAAGGGGUAGAGUCAUGUGGCCCCCUCAUAUGCCACUAGGAGGAAGGGGUGGCAGACCUAUGCCUGGGAUGCAGGGGUUCCCUGGAAUGAUGGGUCCUGAUGCAAUGCCGUAUGGACCAGUUACACCUGAUGGAUUUGUUAUGCCCAAUCCUUUUGGUAUGGGCGGCCCUCGGGGUUUCAAUCCAUAUGGUCCUAGGUUUUCCGGUGAUUUUGGUGGGCCCAAUCCUGGCAUGAUGUUUCGUGGGCGGCCUCCACAACCUGGUGGUAUGUUUCCACCUGGUCCUUAUGGGAUGAUGAUGGGUCCUGGACGUGGACCAUUUAUGGGAGGGAUGGGGGUUGGAGGUAAUAAUCCAGCCCGAGGUGGUCGUCCAGGUGGUAUGCCACCAAUGUUUCCCCCACACCCACCAUCUCAAAACAAUAACCGGUUGCAGAAGAGAGAUCCAAGGGGAUCGGGCAAUGAUCGGAAUGAGAGGUAUAGUGCAGGAUCAGGUCAUGGCAAAGAAAUGCAGGCUGGUGGACCAGAUGAUGAGAACCAUUAUCAGCAUUCAUCAAAAUCGUACCAGGAAGAUUAUGGUGCUGGGAACAAUGGUAGGAAUGAUGACAGUGAAAGUGAAGACGAAGCACCGAGGCGGUCAAGGCAUGGAGAGGGAAAGAAGAAACGGCGAGACUCGGAAGGAGAUGCUACCUCUGAGCACUAGCGGGUCUUGCUACCUCGGCAACACUAGCAGUCUAGCAAUGCUACUGACCAGGGAAGCCAUCUUCCCCUUUAGGCUUACCGGCUUUCUUAGGAAACCAACGGACGUUCUUCAUAUAUGAAUUCUUUUAGGUUGCUGAAGAUUAUUUAGAUGCUAUCAGAAACUUCUUGUUGUCCCAUGGUGAUAAUUUUCCAAUGUGCUUCACUGCUUCUCACCUUCUUGAUUUUGUAGUACUUUGUAACUGUACUCUGGAAAAGGUGAUGAAUGGGUUGCUGGAACCCCAAACUAACGUAUCUGUAUAGAAAAAUUCUUGAUAUGUUAUUUCAAUAUGCAUAGAGAUAAAAUUGUGUCAUCUAUACUUC